GACUUGUGGACUGGUGGAGUCGAUUAAAGUUGUGUUCUCUCUUGGUUUCUCUAUUACAAGAGUUUGGUUUUUGUAGAAGCUAUAUCAGAUAUGAGUAAGAGACCUCCGCCUGAUCCGGUGGCUGUGCUUAGAGGGCACCGUCACUCUGUUAUGGACGUUUCGUUCCAUCCAUCCAAAUCUCUGCUUUUCACUGGUUCAGCUGAUGGAGAGUUGAGGAUUUGGGAUACUAUUCAGCAUCGUGCAGUUUCUUCUGCUUGGGCUCAUAGUAGAGCAAAUGGGGUUUUAGCUGUAGCAGCUAGUCCCUGGUUAGGAGAGAACAAGGUUAUCAGCCAGGGAAGAGAUGGAACUGUCAAAUGUUGGGAUAUUGAAGAUGGUGGUCUAUCAAGAGAUCCAUUACUAAUACUUGAGACAAGCGCCUAUCAUUUUUGCAAGUUCUCUCUUGUUAAGAAGCCUAAGACUUCUCUACAAGAAGCUGAAAGUCACUCACAGAAUUGUGAUGAGCAGGAUGUUGGAGAGAUGUGUAAUUUUCAACUUGGAGAUGAUAGUGAACGAUCUGUGGAGGAUUCUGGUUUCCUUCAGGAUGGAGAUCAUGCUGAAGGUACCACUUUUGUAGCAGUAGUAGGGGAGCAACCUACUGAGGUAGAGAUAUGGGAUCUCAAUACCAGAGAAAAGAUCAUACAGCUUCCUCAAAGUAGCCCUGACGAAUCCCCCAAUGCUUCUACCAAAGGAAGAGGUAUGUGUAUGGCUGUUCAAUUGUUUUGCCCUCCUGAAUCCCAGGGUUUCUUACAUGUCCUAGCUGGUUAUGAGGAUGGUUCAAUACUUCUUUGGGAUAUACGCAAUGCUAAGAUUCCUCUAACAAGUGUGAAGUUUCAUUCAGAGCCAGUUUUAAGUCUAAGUGUUGCAUCAUCAUGUGAUGGAGGUAUCUCAGGAGGGGCAGAUGACAAAAUUGUGAUGUAUAAUCUCAACCAUUCAACUGGUUCUUGUACAAUGAGGAAAGAGAUUACUUUGGAAAGGCCCGGUGUAUCAGGCACCUCAAUUCGACCCGAUGGCAAAAUUGCAGCAACGGCUGGUUGGGACCACAGAAUAAGGGUCUAUAAUUACGGCAAAGGAAAUGCUCUAGCAAUACUAAAGUACCACCGAGCAACGUGCAACGCUGUGUCCUACUCUCCAGACUCUGAGCUAAUGGCGUCUGCGUCUGAAGAUGCAACUGUUGCUCUCUGGAAACUCUAUCCUCCCCAUAAAUCUCUAUGAUCUGCUAUAUGGUUCGGCUUAGUUCGAUUUCUUGACCUCAAUCUCUUGAAUUUGUAAAUACAUUCUGUCAUCAUGA